AUGGCUGAGUGCUGCAGGGGAGAGCGCCGGGAGAUGGAGGCGGAGGAGCGGCGGAGUCGCGCGGUGUACAUACAGCAGCAGCAGGAAAAAGUAGAGCUGCCGCAGAUGGCCUGGGAGGAUGCUUUUGGCCAGUUGCUGCGGCAGCAGCAGCAGCAAAAGCAGCAGCUGCUGCUCCUGCUGCAGCGCAGCCGCCUGCUGGUCUCUCGCCUCCACGCCUGGUGCUGCAGAGCGAGGCAGCAGCUGCAGCAGCAGGCCUUUGCUGCUCUGCUGCAGUUCUCACGAGCAGUAGCAGCAGCGCUGCAGCGGCAGCGGGCUGCUGGGCUGCUGCAGCGAGCCUGGCGGCGCCACCAGCAGCGGGAACAGCGGCGGCGGCAGCAGCAGCAGCAGCAGCAGCAGCGGAGGCAGCAGGCUGCAUCGAAACUCGCGGCCUUGUGCGAGGGUUUUGUCUUCCCUGCCCAGCAAAGAGCCUUGCUGCUGCUGGCGAUGCAGCAGCUGCAGCAGCACGCAGCAGCCCGCAGGCGCCUUGCUGCUGCUGCAGCCACCCGCAUAGCAGCCGCGUGGAGAGCCUACGCUGCUAGGAAGACUUUCACGCAGCAGCGGCUGCUGCUACUGCUGCUGCUGCCGCAGAACGAGCAGCACAGAAAACGCAUGCUUCAGCUGCAGGCUUGCUGGAGAGGAGCAGCAGCAAGGCAGCGCCUGCGGCGCAGUGGCUUGCUGCUGCCCUGCGAGAAGGAGCAGCACCAGAAAGCAGCAAAGAUACAG